AUGGCAAAUCCAAACGCCAACCCGCUCAACUGGACCUUGCGCUUCAAAAACCACAAGCUCACUGUCGUUUUGCUCGUGUUUCCCUUAGAAUCAUUUACGAACAUCAAAAAAAUGUUGCUCGAGGCCCUCAAGGCACGCGGUAUUACGGAGAUAAAUGGCGUUCAAGUCCCUGAAGACUCUUCCGAGAUAGAGCUCGGUAUCCCAGUUGACAGAAAUAAUCUGGAAAAAGGCUGGGUUCCAUUGGAAAUCUCCCCUCCAUCCGAAGGAGCAAAACGAGACGCUACCGGAACGAAGAAGACUGUGUACGGUGAUAAUCCGCAGGACGCUGAUUUGCGCGACUCCCAAGCUUUGGCGUUCAGGUUCCGUACGAAAGAAAACAACGAUGUGACAGAUAUGGAUAUUGAUGGCUUGGGGUGGGAUGUCUUGAUUCCUGCCUACGACGAUGAUGAUAAGGACGAGAGAUGA